AAAUAGCGAUAAAAUAUGGCAACAACAUAGUUGUUUUCAUAUUCUUAAAAAAUAUGGCGGCAAAUGAAGUCUUGAAAAUGAAUCAAAUGAAUCAGCCCUCUGAAGAGAGUACUGGAGCAACUCCUCCACUUUCUCCUGUCGCAAAUUUUUCAGAUGAGUCUAGUAUGGAUUUGUUUAGCAGAGAAGAACUGGAUAGAUCUUCCCCAGAACUAUGGCCUGAGCAAAUUCCAGGUGUGUCAAAAUUUGCAUCACUUGCAAUGACUCAGGAGGAACCAAAACCUUCUCAGCAGCCAGAAUGGUUGAAAGAUUUAGAUCACGAAGACAUCAGUGUCCUACAAGGUUUUGGAAGCUUGACUGCUGCUGCCUUACUAGAAAAAGUGAGAGAUCUGCAGAAUUUAGCUUAUCAACUUGGUUUAGAAGAAGCAAAAGAGAUGACCCGUGGGCGAUUCCUGGGCAUAUUACCCAAGAGGAAAGAUAUCAGAUGAUACAAACUACUAUGCUUCUUAUUGCACUUUCUUUUUGUAUAUUCAUUUUCUUUUCUUUCUUUAUUUUUUAUAUUAUCCUUCUUCAACCACAUAUUUCUAUGGUUUAAUUUAUCUGGGCUAUCUAUAAACCUCCUCUUCUUGCAGAGAUUUGUUUGUAAUAUGGCCCAUUCCACGGUAAU